AUGUUACAGCGGGUGGCAAUUUUAAUACUGGCUCUGGCGGUCCAUCAGGCACCAGCCAGAGAUGUUAUCCCCGUCGGAUAUGUAGAAAAUAUUGAAAGUAAUAGCUUUGACUUAGGAUCGGGAUCGCGUAUCGUGUCCGGAUGGGACGCCCUACCCGGCCAGCAUCCGCAUCAAGCUCAGUUGCGUUUGAUCAACGCAAAUGGACAGGUGCAAAGUUGUGGUGGCAGUAUCAUACACAGGGAAUGGGUUAUUACAGCAGCGCAUUGUUCUGCUGGGCAAGUUACAAUUAUCGUGCGAGCUGGAGGAGUUGAGCUAGCUAGACCAGAUGUAUCGAUUGAAGCCUCCGCAUCCUUCUUUUACCCCACAUUUGACACUUGGAGGCCUCUGCAGGUACAACACAACGAUGUCUCGCUGUUAAAACUCCAGGAACCUCUUCAAUUUACUCAAAACAUCCGUUCUAUCCGACUCCAACCAUCAUCGGAUGCAUACAGAGAUUACGCAAAUGAAAUAGUCUACGCCAGUGGCUUUGGACGUACUUGGAGUGAAGGUCCUGUGCCAGAUAUACUACAGUGGGUGUAUCUUCGUGGAGUCUCCAAUUUAGAAUGUGCAAGAACUUAUGGUACUGAUGCUGUCAACGACAACACCAUCUGCGCCAGAUUCUUCAAUGUUACUUCACAAUCUAUCUGUCAAGGAGACAGCGGAGGUCCGCUGGUGCACGUUUCUCCUGAAGGAGAGCCCAUCCUAAUCGGUAUAAGCUCGUUCGUGCCUAGGAUGCCUCACGGUUGUCACUCAGGAUUCCCUGGUGCGUUCAUACGUCCCGGGCCUUUCCAUUUCUGGUUCAAGCAAAUUACUGGCAUAGAUUUUGAUAACCUAAAUGAUGGAGAAGACAUAAACACAGAAGAGCCCAUCAUACCCACUACUUUGCCACCCACUACUUGGGCACCUCCUGCUACUGACCCUACAACUGAAUCAACUACGGUUACACUGCCCACAACCACCACACCAACCCCACCAACCACACCUGACUCAGAUGAAGACGAAGAAGACGAAGACGACGAUGACGACGAUGAUGAUAAAGAACUUUCCGAACUGCUUAAGAGAUUGGAAGUCAAAGUCAAAGUUAAGGUCAAAAUGAGUAAAUAUGGCCAGAAAAAAUAUAUAAAAAAGAAUAUAAACAAAGAU